AUGGACGUUUCGGCGCUGGACCUCGACGACUAUCUUCGAGAGACAUAUCACGGAGACGACAGCCGCCAGUACGAACUAGAGCACCAGCAUAGCACCACGGUGCACGGCGAGGACGAGCUGUUUGACGAUACGGAUCGGCGCGAGGAUAAUCGCGUCUCGCUGGAGAACGCUGUGAUCGAGCACCUCGGUAUUGAUCCACAAGGGGCUCAGGCAUUGCGAAGAAGCCUAGGACAUCUCGAGCAGAGCGCGGAGCUGCAUGCCGACGAGAGUGACGAGGGAAGGGCUCCCGAGCAUCCCGCGGACGGCACCGGCACCGGCACCGGCACGGCCGCCGCCGCCUCCUCCUCCCCCAGACGCACCCGCUUCUCCCCGCUCACCAGCCCGACGACCACCGUCGCCCCUCCUCCUCCUGCUCCUCCUCUUCCUCUUCCACUUCUCCAUCCUCACGACCGCCUCGGGGGCGGGAGGAGGAGCGAGAGCGAUGGUCCUCCGCUGCGUCCGCAUUGACCACGCUCGGGCGCGGAAAGGGAGGGCGGACGGGACGGAGGAGGCGGGGCGAUCGUGCUGCGGGACAACUUUGAUCGGCUCCGCGUGCUGGCCGUCGCCAGGGAGGAGGAGAUUGAGGAACCGGAGGGGCCGGGACGCGCCGAGGCCGUGGGCGAUGCGAGGCUGGCGUGGAGAUGGGUCGAGGGCUGGCGGGCGAGGCUGCGCAGGGGGGCGGACGUGGUCGAGCGGGCCAGAUGGGCAGCGGCGGUGGAGGAGGAGGCGGCGGCGGUGGUGGUGGUGACACCGGCGGAUCGCCAGGCGCGCGGUGCUGAGUAUAAUAAUCCGUGAUUACCUAGGUACUCACGGGUUCUGACUACCACGCUAUGCCAUCAUGGGGGCGGGGAGCGUCCGGUUGGUAACCUUGUUUUGGGCACUUGGGUGCUUGAUUGAGA